AGAGAGAGAGAGAGAGAGAGAGAGAGAGAGAGAGAGAGAGAGAGAGAGAUGGGAGAAGAGUUUGCAGGAGAAGUGGUGAUGAAAGAGAAGAGAUUGAAUAAAGCACACUUUGUUCUGGUACAUGGAAUUGGAGGAGGAGGGUGGUGCUGGUACAAAAUCAGAUGUCUAAUGGAGAAUACCAACUAUAGAGUUACAUGUAUUGACCUCAAAGGUGCUGGCGUCGAUCAAACUGAUCCCAACACCAUUCUUUCCUUCGAAGACUACAACAAGCCGCUCAUCGACUUCUUGUCAUCCUUAGACGACAAUGAAAAGGUAAUAUUGGUAGGACAUAGUGCAGGAGGGCUCAGCUUGACAGACGCAAUUUACAAGUUUCCCAACAAAAUCAGCCUUGCAGUUUUUCUUGCAGCCACCAUGUUGAAAAUGGGCUAUGUUACUGACCAAGAUAUCAAACAAGGAGUGCCAGAUUUAUCCGACUUUGGAGAAUUUCGUGAUGUUUACGACAUGGGCUUCGGAUUAGGGCAGGAUCUUCCUCCAACCACUCUGAUCAUCAAGAAAGGAUUGCAAAGGAAAAUCGUUUACCAAUUGUCCCCUCAAGAGGAUUCGACACUGGCAGCCAUGCUUUUGCGGCCGGGGCCAAUUCAAGCCUUGACACGUGUACAAUUUAAAGAGGGGGAGAACACAGAGAAUGUUCCUCGUAUAUAUAUUAAAACAACUCAGGAUAAUGUCGUGAAACCUGAGCAACAAGAUGCAAUGAUCAAGAGAUGGCCACCAUCGGAAGUCUACGUUUUGGAAAGUGAUCACAGCCCAUUUUUCUCCGCUCCGUUUUCUCUGUUUGGAUUGCUUGUUAAGGCUGCAAUUUCUGCCGGAUGCAACUAGGCCAAACGGAGAAAAACACAUUCGAAUUACGAUAAGACGGGGAGUGAACCACUACGUCUCUUAGUUAGGGACUUAGUCCCGGUGAUAAGAUGUCACAGAGGGAUUCUUGCACUUGAGAAAGUGGUGCUCUUGCUCAACUUGAAUCUUGUACAUGAAUUAUUGUUUGGGCAAAAUUAUAAUAUGAUUAUAAUUAAAUGAGUCAAGCUGAUCGAUAGAAAUACUCCAUUCUUGUCA